CUUAUCUCACAAAUAAUAAUCGUGGAACUUUCCUUUUUCUUUCACCCUUCUUUCCUUCUAUUUAUUAUUUAUAUAAACCAAACCAAACCCCUCAACCCAAAAAUCCUCCCCUUGAUUUAUCAUUCAUUUAUUCCCAAAAACCCAAAAUAACACCAAUCAUUUUCCUCCGCCACCAAAAAUGGCGGCGCCGCCUUCAAAAUCUCCAAGAACUUGCUCUCAGUGCGGCAAUAACGGCCACAACGCUCGUACCUGCACUGAACUUUCCACCGCAACCGCAACCGCAACGGAAACCGUAGAAACGCCGGGAAUAUUUAUUUUUGGGGUUCGUUUGAGUGCUAUAUCAGAAACAAAUAAUAGUCCUUCCCCUACUUCUCCUUGUACUUCUCCUUCCUCAUCUUGUUCUUCGUUUGUACGAAAAAGUAUGAGUAUGAAUAAUCUAUCACAAUAUGAACAACAACAUGAAUAUCAAAAGUCGUUUUUGCCUCUUGAUUCUACUAAUGUCAAUGAUGUUGCUUCUGGUUAUGCUUCUGAUGAUGCUCUUCAUGCUUCUGGUAGUCGAACCCGCGAACGCAAACGAGGGAUUCCAUGGACAGAAGAAGAGCAUAGAUUAUUUUUAAUGGGAUUGGAUAAAGUAGGAAAAGGAGAUUGGAGAGGAAUAUCAAGAAAUUUUGUGAAAACAAGAACACCAACACAAGUUGCAAGUCAUGCUCAAAAAUAUUUUCUCCGAAGAAGCAAUGUCAACCGCCGUCGACGCCGUUCUAGUCUUUUUGAUAUCACCACUGAUACAAUGAUUCGUUCAGCAAGUGAAGGUCAAUCAGCAAGCCAAGAUAAUUCAACAAUAACAUCACAAUUAAAAUCACAUCAAACCAUACCAAUUCCUACCCCUUAUCAUCCUCCAUUACGACCAAUUUCAGCCAAACACGUCCGUUCGAUACCGGUCCCACCUUCCUCAAAGAUGGCAUGCCUUAAUCUAAACCAAUCACCAACGAUAUCUUCAACAUCAACGUACAACACUACUACUAAUGAUCAAUAUGAUCCGUUGCUUUCCCUUAAGCUCUCACAACCACCGUCCGAUGAAGAAUCGUCAAGGCGAUCUCGAUCACCCCCGACUUUUGGAGGCUUUAGCGGAAAUGGAGAUAAUAUAAUUAGUGUUGCUUGAAACAUAAACAAAUUUACAAUCCUAAUCCGUGUGCAUGUGUACUUAAUCAAUUCGACUAUCAUUCUUCUGUGUGAUACUCCCUUUGUUUUCUAAUGUUCUUCCCAUUUAGAAUAUUCUAUUUUGGAAAGAGAAAUUUAAUUAAGAUUCUUAAGACA